AUGUAAUAUCAAUUUCCUCUGGAUGUAGCAGUUAACAAUGAUUUUAGAAAAACUCAAAGUGCAAAUAAAUGCAGAGGUGGAGAACCACCAAACAAAAUGUACUAAAACUUCACUCAUAAAAAUUCAAGUCAACCCAAAGUUGUGAAUCUCUUUAGAAGUUUUAUUUGAUACUUUAACAUUUUAUAGAUCAUCCUGAUCGAUCUAACCAUUAUUUGAAAACUUCGAUUGAUGUUCAUGAAAUACACAAAUCCAAAAAAUCUGUCACUUCUCAUCAAAGAAUCAAAACUGAGAUUGAUAAACCGAAUGAGUCUAAUAGUUAUCCUAACGAGAUUUUAAUGUUUUUAAGUAUAAAUUGAGAUUGAUAAGGUAGAUAAAGGUGAGAUUCAGAACAAUAAGUUGAAUGCGUUAAAUAAUCGUAUUGCAACUAAUAAAGGGAAUCGAUUAAAAGCAGUUAAAGUUAAUUAAGGAAGGUUUCUUCUCUCUAAUAUAUAUAGUAUAUAGAGAAAUCUAUGAUUGCGAUCAUUCCAAACAAUCUAGUUAACCUGAUCUACAAAUUUAAAUUCUCAGAAAGUCAAGCAAUUAUUUAAGUAAGAAUUACUAGUAGUUUAAGGGAAUGUUAAUAAGGGAUUGUCGACUCCAAAUAAGAUAGACGAGAACCCUUAAAUCAACUAUUACUAACUGAGAAAUCGAAGAAGUAAUUAUACAAGAUCUGACGAUGUGACUCCUUUAAGAAGAUCAGUAUUUUAAUAGAUCCAAGAUUAUAGUGAUACAAAAUUGGAGUAUCGAAACAAUAGUUUAAUAAUAGUUAAAUAAAUAUGACUAAGGAAGAAGAUAUAAUGCAGUUUUCAUUUGGAUUACAGUAUAAUAAAUUGAGAGUUUUAAAACGAUUUCCAAAAGAUAUAUUUUAUGGAGAUGUUCGAAAGGCUAAGAAAAAUUUACAAAUGCAAUGAUAAGUAAU